CAGAGAAAUAAACUAAAUCCAAGGGUUAACUAAAUCCAAGAGUCCAAAAAACUAAUGAAAAUUAUUUGUAUUUGACCUGUAAAAAGUUCAUAUGGGUAAUGCGUAUCUUAAAUUGGUUCCUUUCAAACUUAAAAAGGGUAUCUUUGUCAAUUCACAGAACAAAUUGCAACAUCUCCUAUUUCAUCUACAUAUCAAAACAACAAAUCAAACCAAAGUGUCUUAAAUGGCAAGAACACAGCAAAAGGUUGCCAAAACAAGAGGAAUCAAAUGCAGCAUUCACUCUAUGAUCUGCGUCUUUAUAGCAGUUUUGGUCCUUGGCAUUGUUUACAUGACUGGCGAAAGCAAAAAGUUGUCACAUGAUCGGAGGGAGAAUAAAAACCGUGGUAGAUCACUGUCACAGUGCAACUUGUUUUUGGGCAAAUGGGUUUAUGACAACAAGUCCUACCCUCUCUACAGAGAGCAACAUUGCUUGUACCAGUUUGAUGGUGUAGCUUGUGAGAAGGACGGGCGAAAAGAUUUGAACUACCAACAUUGGAGGUGGCAGCCUCAUGAUUGUGACCUUCCAAGGUUUAAUGCCAUAGCGAUGCUGGAGAGGCUAAGGGGAAAGCGGCUUGUGUUUGUUGGGGAUUCGAUAACUAGAAAUCAAUGGGCUUCAAUGGUCUGUUUGCUGGAGUCAUUCAUUCCUCCGGCCCUCAAAUCUGUGAACUCUAGUGGCUCCUUAGCGAUCUUCAAGAUCACUGAAUACAAUGCAUCAAUUGAGCAUUACUGGUCACCAUUUUUAGUGGAAUCGAGCUCUGAUCAUCCAAUGAACCACCAUUUUUCAUCAAAACAAAUUGUGAGAGUUCAGGAGAUUGAAAAUCACGCCAGGCAUUGGACCGAUGCAGAUAUACUUGUCUUCAAUUCCUACAUUUGGUGGAGAAAACCAAAACUAAAGGCUUUGUGGGGAUCAUUUGAUGGAGUCUACAAAGAAGUCAACAUGCCACGUGGGUAUGAGAUGGCUUUAAAGACAUGGCUAGAUGGUUUGGACAUCUAUUUAAAUCGUACCAGAACCAAAUUAUAUUUUGUUAGCAAUUCGCCCACUCACGAAAGGGGUGAAAAGUGGGGCAGAAGUAGUGAUGAAAAUUGUUACAACGAAAAAGAACCGAUUUUGGAAGAGGGAUAUGAAGGAAGUGAAUCAGAUCCUGAGAUGAUGCAAAAAGUGGAGGCUGCAAUCAAUGAAUUAAGCAGAAGAGGCUUGAAAGUUCAGUUGCUCAACAUAACACGACUUUCAGAGUACCGGAAAGAUGGGCACACGUCCAUUUAUAGGAAGCAAUGGAGGCGUGUAACUAGACAGCAAUUAGCAAACCCCAGUAGCUAUGCUGAUUGUGUAAAUUGGUGCAAUCCUGGAGUGCCUGAUGUUUGGAAUGAACUCCUCUAUGCUUACAUGUUUUAUUUUUGAUAGUCAAAAUCGAAACAAAAAAACAAAUGAGGAUUAAAAUGUUGGGACUUUUGGCUUUCCAACUUGUAAAAUGGAGAAAAAAAUGUAACUGACUUAUCUCAAUUCUUGGGACACUUAAAAUACUGAUCUGAAGUGUAA